AUGAGCUUUAUCGAAGGCGUCGAGGAGCGGUCUCUGCCAAUCCGCCAGGCCAUCCUGGAGCAUCCCUUCGUGCGCGGCAUCGGUCGCGGCGACCUGGACGUUGAGCGGUUCAAGUUCUACGUUACCCAGGACUACGUGUACCUGGUCGACUAUUCCCGCGCGCUGGCCCUUGGGGCGGCCCGGGCGCCGGAGCUGGAGGUGAUGUCCUGGUUCGCGGGGUUGUUGGACGAGACGCUCAACACCGAGAUGGAGCUGCACCGCGGCUACUGCGCCCAGUUCGGGAUCACCCGCGAGGAACUGGAAGCCACUCGCCCCGUUCCGAGCACCGUCGCCUACACGAGCUACCUGCUGCGGGUGGCAUCCCAGGGCAGCUUUGGCGAACUUGCUGCGUCCCUGCUGCCUUGCCAGUGGGGAUACUGGGAAAUCGGAGAGCACCUCGACCGCGAGGGACCGCCCACCCACGCGCCCCUUUACGCCGAAUGGGUUGGCAUGUAUUCCUCCAGCGAGUUCCGCGACCUGGCCACCUACUUGCGCACGUUGACCGACCGGAUCGGCAACUCUGCCAACGCCGAGGAACAGGCGGCCAUGGAGACGGCCUACAUUACCAGCCUCCGCCUCGAGUACCAGUUCUGGGACAUGGCCUGGAACCUGGAGCAGUGGCCGACGUAG